AUGGCGCAAGUGGUUUUUAAGGUGAACGGGAAAACCCACCAAGUGGACGGGAAGUUCGGUCCCGACUACACCCUGAACGAGUAUGUGCGAGUCCAGAUGGACCUUCGAGGCACCAAGACCAUGUGCUUUGAAGGUGGCUGCGGCGCCUGCAUCGUGUCUGUCAAGGCGAGUCUACCACCCACAUACGAGAUGAGGACAUUCGCUUGUUUGGUAUCCUUGCUGUCUUGUCAUGGGUGGGAAAUCACGACGAUUAAGGGUAUAGGAAACCAGAAGAAAGGGUACCAUGAGAUCCAGAAGAGGCUGGCCAUGUUUCAUGGCUCCCAGUGUGGGUUCUGCUCACCAGGAUUUGUUCUAAACAUGUACAGUUUAUACAAAGCAAGAAAUCAGCACGUUUCAUCAGUUGAAGUUGAGAAUUCUUUUGGAAGUAAUCUCUGUAGAUGUACCGGGUAUAGACCAAUAUUGGAUGCUUUUAAAUCAUUAGCGUAUGAUGCUGACGAAAAACUACAUAAAGACCUGUAUGAUGUAGAAGACCUAGGAAAGAUUAAAUGUAAAAGUUUGUGUCCUAAGCAGUGUGGUAAUAAUGACUGCCAAGAAAACACUAACACCACUGAAACAAAUAAGAUUGUAACAAAUGAAGAAGAUGUGGAUAGCUCUUGGUGCCUCAUUCAGAAAGACGAUAGCAAAAUGUUAGUAGUUGAUUGCGGAAAAUAUAAAUGGUACAAAGUGUUCACAUUGGACGAGUUAUUCGAUUGUAUAAAAAAGGGAGAAUAUAAGUUAAUAGCUGGUAAUACUGGGCAAGGUGUAUAUCAUAUCAAAGAUUACCCUCCAAAUGUAAUAGAUAUAUCAAGUGUCAGUGAACUAAAGGGAUAUGUUAUUGAUAUAAACUUAGUUCUGGGUGCAGGAAUGACUUUGACGGAAUUGUUGGAAGUUUUUGAUAAAGUUUCCGUUCAAAACGAAGAAUUUGUUUAUUUGAAAGAACUGAAAGAACACCUAGAUUUGGUGGCUCAUGUAGCUGUAAGAAACAUUGGAACUAUUGCUGGCAACUUGUUUCUAAAACAUACGAACAACGAAUUUUCGUCCGAUUUAUUUGUCAUGUUCUGCACUGUUGGUGCAAUGAUAACUAUAGCCGAGGAUGCAAGCAAAAGUAAAACAAUGUUCAUGGAUGAAUUCUUAAAAUAUGACAUGAUGUAUAAAGUAAUAAAGAAUGUGUUAUUACCACCACUUUCACACUGCUGUUUAGUUAAAACAUACAAGGUAAUGCCACGAGCUCAAAACGCCCAUGCUGUUGUAAACGCUGGCUUCCUUUUUAAGUUUCAUCGCAACUCACCACUUCUUGAAAGUAUGAACAUAGUUUAUGGAGGAAUUGCAAGAAAUGUUGUUCAUGCAACAAAAACAGAAGGCAUAUUGGUUGGUCAAGACCCAUUUACUAACAAAACAUUACAAAAUGCUUUAAAAUGUCUAUAUGAGGAAGUCAAACCUGAAGAAAGUUCCGGCGAGCCUUCUGCUGCAUACAGGAAAAUGCUUGCUGUUUCACUUUUCUAUAAGGCAAUUUUAUAUUUAUGUCCAAGAGAUAAAGUAAACGAAGAAUACAAGUCAGGUGGAAAUAUUUCUAAAAGAAAAUUGUCAAAGGGAGUUCAAGUUUUUGAUUCUGAUAAGACUGUGUGGCCAUUAAACCAACCUGUGCAAAAGGUAGAUGCUCUAGUUCAAUGUGCCGGGGAAGCUUUAUUUUCCAAUGAUAUUAAUACUUACGUAAAUGAUCUAUUUGCUGCAUUCGUAACAGCUGAUGCAGUGCCUGGUAGUGUCAUCGGCGAUUUCGAUACAACAGAAGCAAUGAAACUUCCAGGAGUGUUAAGUUUCUAUACUUUCAAAGAUAUACCGGGUGACAACAAUUUUACCCCUAAAAAGGCGGGUAUAAUGAGUGACAAUGAAGAAAUAUUAUGUUCAGGAAAAGUCCGAUAUUUUGGUCAGCCAGCUUGUAUUAUUGUUGCUAAGCGUCAAAACAUAGCCACUUUAGCUGCUAAACUGAUCAAAAUAACUUAUUCCUCUACUAGCACAAACAAACCACUGUUGACUAUCGAUGACGUACUAAAAUCAGGGCAAAAAGAAAGGAUUGUUAAUGAUAAAAUAGUAAUACCAACUGAAAUAGGAAAAGAUGCAGCUCAUGAACUCAAAGGAGAAUUUAAAAUGAAAGGUCAAUACCAUUUUCACAUGGAACCACAAACAUGUACAGUGUCGUUAUCAGAGGAUGGUUUAGAAGUUCAAUCUGCAUCGCAAUGGAUAGACUUAGUGCACAUUGCUGUUGCUCAGUGCCUGAAGCUACCAAUGAAUAAGAUAAAAGUCAUAGUGAGCAGAGUAGGUGGAGGCUAUGGAGCCAAAAUAUCGCGUCCACCCCAAGUAGCUUGUGCAGCAGCAUUAGUUACAUUUUUGAUGCGGAAGACCUGUCGUUUUAUUUUACCAUUAGAAACGAACAUGAAGUCAAUUGGCAAAAGAUUGCCAACCAAUUGCGAUUUUGAAGUAGGUGUUAACAAAGAAGGCGUAAUACAAUAUUUAAAAAAUACAUUUUAUCAAGACUGUGGUUAUUCGUUCAAUGAAACUAUAACCCCGUUAACUACAGAAUUCCUUAAAAGUUGCUAUGAUUCUAAAAAGUGGAAAAUUGUUGACGGCGUCGCUACUGAUACAGCUUCUAAUACAUGGUGCAGAAGUCCAGGAUCAGCAGAAGGAAUUGCAAUGAUUGAAAAUAUCAUGGAAUUUAUCUCAUUCAAAACCAAAAAAGACCCAAUACAAAUACGAAUGGCAAAUUUGGCAAAUGAUAGUCCUAUACCUAAAAUGAUUCAACAGCUAAAACAUGAUUCACAAUAUGAUACAAGAAUGCAGCAAAUAAUUGACUAUAAUAAACAAAACAGGUGGAGGAAAAAAGCAUUGAAAAUACUACCAAUGAAGUUUGACAUCACUUACUUUGGGAAUUUCAAUGCAAUCGUAUCUGUCUAUCAUGGUGAUUUCACCGUUACCGUCAUACAUGGGGGUAUAGAAAUGGGACAAGGAAUUAACACAAAAGUAGCUCAAGUCGCCGCACAUAUACUGGGAGUACCAUUCGACAAGGUAGCUGUUAACAUUAGAGCUACUUCGUAUACUUCUCCAAACGCAAUGAUCACGGGAGGUAGCAUUGGUAGUGAAUGUACAGUGUUCGCAACGGUGAAAGCCUGUGAAAUACUAUCAGAAAGGCUUCUAUCGUACAAGCAAAAAGGAAAGUCCACGUGGGAGGAAGUAAUAACUGAAGCACACAAAGACGGAGUCGAUCUGCAAGCUUCGUAUAUGUAUUCAGCACAGAAAGAUAAUGUAAAACCGUAUGGAGUCUACGCUGCCUGUGCUUUGGAACUUGAACUGGAUAUACUAACGGGGAAUCAUGAAAUACUAAGAGUAGAUAUUUUAGAAGACGCAGGAAGAAGUUUGAGUCCAAAAAUAGACAUAGGACAGAUUGAAGGUGCUUUUGUCAUGGGCCUGGGCUACUGGACGUCUGAGAACUUGAUCUACGAGGAAUCAACCGGUAAACUGCUCACGGAUCGGACCUGGACAUACAAACCUCCAGGCAUCAAGGACAUACCAGCUGACAUGCGAAUAUACUUCAGCAGGAACACACCAAAUCAAUAUGGCGUCCUUCAAUCGAAAGCAACCGGGGAGCCAGCACUCUGUUUGGCCACGGUAGUUAUCCACGCGCUGCGGGAGGCGGUACGCGCUGCCAGACUGGACAUGGGCUAUAAUGAUGACUGGAUACAGAUCGAAAACCCCUGCACCGUCGAAAACAUAUUCAACUCUGUUGGCCAUAAAAUUGAACACUUUCUAUUGAAUUAA